AUGGCCGAGCGAGGGGCCAAUGUGACCACCAUAACUGAAUUCCUGCUGUUGGGGCUCCCUGAGGGCCGGGCACAGCAGGUGUUGUGUGCCACCCUUUUCUUGCUGAUCUACCUGGUGGCCCUAACAGGGAACCUCCUCAUCAUCACCCUCACCAGUCUGGACCGCCGUCUCCAGACCCCCAUGUAUUUCUUCCUGAAGAACCUGUCCUUGAUUGACAUCUGCUAUGUGUCCGUCACUGCCCCCAAGUCCAUCAUGAACUCUCUGACCAACAGUCGCUCCAUCUCUGUGCUGGGCUGUGCCUCCCAGGUCUUCUUUGUCUUUGUCUUUGCCAGCUCAGAGUUGGCCCUACUUCUGGUGAUGUCCCAUGACCGCUAUGUGGCCAUCUGCCGCCCUCUGCACUACGAGGCCGUCAUGUGUCGAGGUGCCUGUGUGCGGGCGAUGAGUGCAGUGUGGCUCAGUGGGUGUGCGUAUGGGUCCCUCCACACCACAGGCACAUUCUCUGUCCACUUCUGUGGGUCCAACGUCCUGCCCCUGCUCUUCUGUGAUGUCCCCUCGCUGCUCGUGCUGGCUUGCUCUGGAGAGCAGUCCCUGGAAUACGCAUUCCUCAUCGCCAGCUUUGCUCUGGCCUUUUCCUGCUUUCUUUUCAUGGUUGCCUCUUAUGUUCACAUUUUCUUGGCUGUCCUGAGGAUUCCAUCUGCACAUGGAAGGCUCAAAACCUUCUCCACCUGCAUGCCACACCUCGUGGUGGUGACGCUGUUUCUGUGUGCCGGCAGCGUCUCCUACUUUGGCACCACCGAUGAUUCCGUGUCUCCCUGGAACCUGCUCAUGUCUGUGGUGUAUUCUAUGGUCCCUCCCAGCCUGAACCCACUCAUCUACAGCCUGAGGAACAAGGACAUGAAGGAGGCCCUGGGCAAGCUGCUGAGGGGUCAGUUGUCAGCAAAGCUGUAA